UCGAGUCGAAAGUUGAGCUCGCUCCACACUUUGACUGUCAGCACCGGACGCAUUGGACCGGGUCUGAACCAGCGCCGUUACUCACCAGAACCCCCGAGCUUUAAAGCACCCCCACCUCCCGGGGACCAACGGCCGACGGACCGGGGACACAUGGAAACAACAUGUCGCUGGAAAUACGGCGGUGGACUUCUGCAUAGUUUCGCUCGAGAAGAGGCGAAGUGAGCUGCGAGAGAAACAUGCUCACCCCGAUGCUGGCCUCCCUGCUGGUGCCUCUUCUCCUCCUCUGUCGGAUUUCUUUCUGCCAAUAUUCAAGCGACCAGUGCAGCUGGAAGGGCAGUGGUCUGACUCACGAGGGCCACGCCAGGGACGUGGAGCAGGUGUACUUGCGUUGCUCCCAAGGCGCUCUGGAGUGGCUCUAUCCCACGGGGGCCAUCAUCGUCAACCUCCGACCCAACACGGCCUCGCCCGCCGCCGCGCGCCUCUCCGUCUGCAUCAAACCGUCGGCCGAGUCCAGCGGCACCAAUGUCUACCUGGACCGCAACGGCAAGCUGCGGUUGCUGCUGCGGGACCAGGACCAGGCGCAGGGCAAGGUGCAGUGCUUCAGCAUCCAGGAGGGGGCGCUCUUCAUCGAGGCCGUGCCGCACACGGACAUCAGCCGCCGGAUCACGGCGUUCCAGUACGAGCUGGUCAGCGACCGGCUGUGGCCAGAGGCACGCUCGCCGGGAGCGCCCUGCCAGCCCUGCAGCGACACUGAGAUGCUUCUAGCCGUCUGCACCAAUGACUUUGUGGCUCGGGGCAGCAUUAAGAUGGUGGAGUUGGAGGAGGAGCACUCGUCUGUCACCGUGGAGCUCCGCCGCCUCUACAGACAGAAAACCCAGGUCUUUUUAUCCGGGGGUGUGAGGGCACGGAGGUGGACCGGCCACAUCAAGAUGCCCCGGCAGUGUGGGGUGAAGUCUGGGGAGGGGGAGUUCCUCUUCACCGGGACGGUGCGGUUUGGCGAGGCCUGGAUGGGCUGCGCCCCGCGCUACAAAGACUUCCUGCGGUUGUAUGGCGAGGCGCAGCAGCAGGGGACCAACCCCUGUCACGUGGACACAGACUGAGUGUGUUGCCUGUCCUCGCUUUGAAAAAGUCCUCGCCGGGUGGGGAGGAGAGCUGAACCUCGAGUUCAAGCUGAGGAGAGAACGAGGCUGACAAACUGGCCCGGUGGCAGAUUCUCUCUCUCUCCUCUUCUGCCGUCUCACGACUCUUUGGAGACAAAGACCGGAGCUCCUGAAUGUUGCCAAGCAGCAUGUUGGAUGGACUCGGCUCUCAAAGUCGAAUGUGAUGCAACGCGGAAUGUGUCCGGACUGCUUUUCUCGCAGACGAGGAUCUCCCAGUGUUUAAAUGUAGCAAACUACCAUUUGGUUUUUAUUUGUAUAAAAUGUGAAUGAACAUUGUAUAUUUUGAAGAUUUUGCGUGCUUUGUAAAAAAAGAAAACGCUUGAUGUACAGUUUUGAAGUUAUUACUUGUGAAAUAAAUGUAUAAAGUUAAAGCCUGUUAUUUUUAUUUUGUUAAAAAAAUUAUUUGCAAUUUUAAUGCCUGAAUUCAUGUUCGUUUUUUUUUUUUCAGGCUGUAAAUUGUAGAAAAACACCCCCAAAAAAAGCAACAACUUUUUUUGCCAUUGAGAAUAAAAGCUUUUAUUCCCUG